AUGGAAGGGGAUAUUGGCGAGCAGGGCAACUGCACGACAUGUGCGUACACCGAAGACUUCUCCAACUACUGGACCGCGGCGAUGUACUUCAGGCACGAGAACGGCUCGUACAAGCGUGUGCCCCAGUACCCAAAUGCUCAGUUGGGCACCGAGGGCCAGGACGCACCCAACAUCAAGGGUGGCAUGACCAUAUACUAUUCCCAGAAGGACUUGGAGUCCAAUGGUAAUAUGUCCAUCACCGCUUUCAAGCCCGGGUUCCGCAUGACAGUCGGCAGUCCGACAACAACCCAAGAAGGCGCAGAAGCCAACCUCGGGCUUCGAUACACCUGCUUGGAGACAAUUCUUACCCGGUUCAAUGAGACUGCCGACUUCCCCAGCAAACCGUGUCCCGCCGGUAUAAUGGCCAUCCACCAUUUCCCGGCGUGCUGGGACGGCAAGAACCUCGAUAGCCCCGAUCACCAGUCCCACAUGUACGACACCUCACUCGGGCUUUUCCGCGAAGCUGGUCCGUGUCCCAGCUCCCACCCGGUUCGCAUGCCGCAGCUCGCGUACAAGACGAUGUGGAAUACAACCGCAUUCCAAGACAUGUGGCCGGAGGAUGGCUCGCAGCCCUUUGUGUGGUCGUAUAUGGAUAGCAAGGGCUACGGGACUCAUGCUGACUAUGUGUUUGGGUGGAAGGGCGACUCUCUGCAGCGCGCCAUGAACGAUUCGUGCAUGUUCCACGGCUGUGGAAGUCCGGGGGUACAGGGGAUCCUGGAGACCCAGACUGUUGCUGAUAUGAAUCAGUGCGCGGUAGAGAAGACUGUGGUUGAAGAUACGGACGGUUGGCUUGCGGAGCUUCCGGGGCAGACGAUGGACAUGUGA